GGGGAGGGGAUUGAGAAAAAUGACGUCGUUUCUUGUGAUUGGAGGAAGGCCUAGCCCAUCAAACUCUACGCAGAGAAACGCUCGGCCGUCAGCCUUGCGCAUGUGCACCAGGGGCCGUCUCGGGAGCCCGUUGGCCAGGGUUCUUUCCCUCGGGUUAGCGAGCAUGAAGAGGGGAGAACCCCCCGGGGACGCCGGAAGUGAGAGGCAGAUUCGCUUGGGAUGCUGCGUUCUCUGCGGCCUGCCGGCCUCGGGCAAAUCCACUCUCUCUCGCUUUCUUAGCGAGCAGCUGAGGCGGAAGCAGGGCUGGGACGUAGCCGUCGUAACGUACGAUGACGUCAUCCCAGAAGCGCUCCUCGCGGGCGAGAACGCUCAGCCAUCCCAGUGGAAAUCAUUCCGACAUGAACUUUUGACAUACCUUGAACAUUUCUUGAUGGCCAUCGUUAAUGGAUGCAAAUUAUCUGCCCCAGCCUUGAGGACCGAAGUCAUGUGGGAAAGUUUUGUCCACUGUUUGAAAAAUCAAAGUCUUAUUAUAGCUUCCGGAACAGGAAAGACUCAGGGUUACAGUUUAACCCAUGCAGCUCCGUCGCAACCUUUCUAUCUAAUCUUGGAUGACAAUUUUUAUUACCAGAGCAUGAGAUAUGAAGUCUACCAACUGGCUAGAAAAUAUUCCUCAGGCUUUUGCCAAUUAUUUUUAGAUUGUCCAAUUGAGUCCUGUCUAGAAAGGAAUCGGCAGAGAAGUAAACCAGUACCUGAUGACACCAUACAGCUGAUGGCAAGAAAGAUAGAAUCUCCAAAUAUUCAGAAAAAUGCAUGGGAACACAACAGCCUCACUGUUAGGAGUACAGGACCUUGUUCAGAUGACAAUAAAUUCCUUUACAGCGUAGAAGUGAUUGAUUUACUGAUUACUGCUUUGAAAAAUCCAAUACGAUAUUUUGAAGAAAAUGUAGAACAAAAGGAAACUGAUCGAAUUAUUUGUUCAACUAAUACUCUUCAUCAAGCUGAUCAGCAAUUCAGAAGAAUUAUCUCUCAGACAAUGAAGAAAGCCAAAGAUGAAAAAGUGAUUGCCUACAAGCUGAAACUUCUAGCAGAAGAACUUAACAAGCUCAAGGCAGAUUUUUUGGAAGAUUUACGACAAGGAAAUAGUAAAAGAAUUUCAUGCUUUCAUCAAAAUAGCAUUUCAGAUGUCAUUCGCUUAUUUCAUUAUGAGAGAGAUAAUAUUGUGCAGAAAUACAUUCCAAAUGAGUAUUAAAUUGAUUUGCAUUGUGGAUGGAUCAUUUUUUCAAGCAAACAUUCACAAACUAGUUAAAGAUCAACAGUUUAAAAUGAAUUAUUAGCCAAGCAGGUCAGCAUAUAUCUAGUAAAAGAACACUAUCCUAAAAGAU